AUGGCGGACCCGAGGGAAGGUGGGAUCGUGAAACACGGCCAUGAGGAAGGCCUGGGCCUUGCACUCGCCCUUCUGAAGGACUUCGAGCUGCCGGAGGGGCUGCUCCCCUUGGCCGACGUCGAGGAAGUCGGCUAUGUCAAGGACACUGGGUACGUGUGGAUCGUGCAGCGGAAGAAGGUGGAGCACCACUUCAAAAUGGUGAGCAAGUUGGUGAGCUAUGAUGCGGAGAUCACUGGGUUUAUUUUGAAGAAGAGAAUUAAGAAGCUUAAGGGCGUUAAGGCUAAGGAGUUUCUGCUGUGGCCGCCUGUUAAUGAUAUCUACCUCGAUGAUCCCCCCACUGGCAAGAUUCACUUCAAGAGCCUCGCCGGCGUCACCAAGACCUUCCCUGUCGAGGCCUUUGCUGCUGGCCAGUGA